AUGUCUUUCAAAGAGAGCAAGGCGGCGGCGGCGGCGGCGGCGGCGGACCGAGCCAAGCCGAGCGAGGACCCGGUCCGCAAACUGAGUUCAAGUUGGAUCAACGGCAUGGAGAGCGGCCCGGCGGGUCCCUCGGCCGAGAAGAAAAACCACCACUGGAAAAGUUACAAGUUGAUUAUUGACCCGGCGCUGAAGAAAGGCCAGCACAAACUCUACCGCUACGAUGGGCAGCACUUCAGCAUUCCUAAUCCCAGUCUGGCCCCCGUGGAGUGCGUGGAGGAUCCCAGGAUAGGGCGCAUCUGGACCAAAACGAAAGAACUGGAACUCUCCGUCCCAAAAUUUAAGAUUGAUGAGUUUUAUGUGGGGCCCGUGCCCCCCAAGCAAGUCACGUUUGCCAAGCUGAACGACAACAUCCGUGAAAACUUCCUGACUGACAUGUGCAAAAAAUACGGCGAGGUGGAAGAAGUGGAGAUUUUGUACAACCCCAAGAACAGGAAGCACCUGGGCAUCGCCAAAGUCAUCUUUGCCACCGUCAAAGGCGCCCGGGAAGCCGUCCAGCACCUGCACAACACCUCCGUUAUGGGGAAUAUCAUCCACGUGCAGCUGGAUACAAAAGGUGAGAAGCGCAUGCAUUUUUAUGAGCUCCUUGUGAAUGGGCUCUACACUCCGCAGACUUUGCCAGUGGAGAAUGAACAAGAUGCAUCACCCACCCUCAGUGAGAGCCUGCAGCUGGCCGACACUCUGAAACGGCUCAAGGACAGCGGCCUUUCUUCGGCGGGAUCCUCCACCACCCCAAACAGCAGCACCCCGUUUUCCCACGACACGGCCUUUUCUAGUUGUCGACAGGACACGCCCAACUCCUACAGCCAGUUCACCCCCCAGUCCCAAGGAACGCCUCUGACCCCACGCCUGGGGACUCCCUUUUCCCAAGACUCUGCCUACUCUAGCCGGCAGACCACGCCGGCCUACCAUUUCGGACAGGACUCCGGCUACAAACCCCGGAGGCACGAAACGAAAUUCACGGAUGCUUAUAACCGCCGUCUGGGCCACCACUACGUGCAUAACUCAGCUGGGACUUUCCGAGGCUCCGAGCAUCAGUUUGCUGCCUUCAAGUCCCAUCAGCCGGAAACGGUGCAAUAUUCCCACACGUCCCCAGUGAGCCACUCAGGUGCUUCGACGUACAAGUCUGCCUUUUCCCCCUAUCAAGCGCCAGCCGCGUACCCCCCUCAGCCCGAAGAGCCCCCGUUUUCUCAAACGUCCCGGGAGGUUGAAUACCGGCGGCCUCCGCCCCCGCCUCCCGCAGAGGUGACUGUGGAAAGUAGCCCAGCUCCUCCUGUUGAAUUUGUUCCUGCAAAGGAAAAACCCGAGGAGCCCCCUCCUCUUCCUCCGCCGCCCCCGCCCCCCGAACCCGACAGUCUUAAUGAGCCCUCCACUGGGGCGUCCCUCAGCCAGACUCCGGAAGGGAGCGAGACGCCCGGCACCCCGACCGUAGAAUCGGAAACUCAGCAUAACAGUUUGGACUCGAGGAUCGAAAUGCUUUUAAAAGAGCAGAGAACAAAACUCUAUUUUAUCAACGAGCACGACUCGGACAAUGAGAUUCGAAUGGAAGGUAGCCCCAUUUCCUCGUCCUCGUCCCAGCUGUCCCCCAUCCCAAACUCGCAGCCCAGCUACCAAGCACAAACCCCUUCCUCGCGCCCUUCCAGCACCGGCUUGGAAGACAUCAGCCCGACCCCGUUGCCCGAUUCGGACGACGAUGAUGAGCCCGUCGGGACGGCUUCUGCCUGCCAGAAUGCGAGAGGAGCAGCCGAGGCGAGCACCACCCCUGUGGAGCAGCUGAGCAGGACCUCCAAAUCGGAGCCCUUGGAGGCGAAAGAAAUGCAGCCCCUGAGCAGCAGCCCCCCGCCAGAGAAAAUGGAAGAGUGUCAUCAAUCUUCAGGGGAAGACAUGGAGAUCUCGGAUGACGAGAUGAGCGAAUCGCCCAGCGCAGAAUGUGCCAAGAACAUUGUGGUGAACACCUCCAUCGGCAGCUCCAUCCCAAUGCCUCCGCACGGCUUUCCUCCGCUGCCUCCUCCGCCACCUCCCCAGACGGUCUUCCCGAUGCCUCCUCCUCUUCCUCCCCCGCCUCCUCCCACCCACCCAGCCGUCCCCGUCCCCCCUCCGCCCCUCCCAACCCCUCCAGGGGUCCCUCCCCCUCAUAUCUUGCCCCCUCUCCCUCCCUUCCAUCCCGGGAUGUUUCCUCUGAUGCAGAUGGAUAUGAUCAGCGUGCUGGGCAACCAGUGGGGGGGGCUGUCCAUGUCUUUCCAAAUGCAAACUCAGAUGCUCAGCCGCCUGAUGCAGGGGCAAAACACCUACCAGUAUCCCCCCUUCGUGAGCAACCGGAUGCAGUUCGUGAACCUCCCUCCCUACCGGCAUUUCUCCAUGGGGGCAGCUAUGAACCGGGGGCAACAGUGGCCCCCCUUGCCCAGGUUUGACCCCUCCGUCCCCCCGCCGGGUUAUGAGCCCAAGAAGGAAGACCCGCACAAGGCCACAGUGGACGGCGUCCUUUUGGUGAUCGUGAAGGAGCUCAAAGCAAUAAUGAAAAGGGAUUUGAACAAGAAGAUGGUGGAAGUGGUGGCAUUCCGGGCGUUUGACGAUUGGUGGGACAAGAAAGAACGUCUCGCUAAGGCAUCUUUGACCCCGGUAAAAUCUGGGGACCAGAAAGAUGAGGAAAAGCCAAAACCAAAGGACCGCAUCACCUCCUGUCUUCUGGAGAACUGGAAUAAAGGAGAAGGGUUGGGAUACGAAGGGAUCGGCUUGGGAAUUGGGCUACGAGGGGCCAUCCGGUUACCAUCUUUUAAGGUGAAGAGAAAGGAACCACCUGAAGCUGCCUCAGCUGGAGACCAGAAGCGAAUUCGGCCAUCUACCUCCGUAGAUGAUGAAGAUGAAGAAUCUGAACGAGAUCGAGACCUGCCCGAUGCAGCCAUGGAGCUCUCCAGGAAAGAUCCGGAUGCUGUGGGCCUCCGAAGAAGACCGGCCAGGCCACUGGAACUGGACAGCGAAGGAGAGGAGGAAGACUCGGGCAAGGAAGAGGAAGAAGAGGAGGAGGAGGAGGAAUCCUCUUCGGAAAAGGAGGCAGAACGGGAGGAAGAGGAAGGGGUCAUGAAAUCCGUGUCCGACAAGGAGGAAGAGGAAGAUGUCAACGAAGAAGAGGAGGAGGUAGAGGAAGAGGCGGAGGAGGAGGAAGAGGAAGAAGAGGAGACAGAAGCACAAAUCAGUGAAAAGGAAGAGGAUCAAGAUUCUGAAGAAGAAGAUCUAGGAAGUCCUGCCUCUUCCAGAGCAGAACUCGAGUCGUCUGAUGAGAGUGAGGAAUCCUCAGAAUUCGGGACCAGUUCUGAUUCUGAUGAUGAAGACGAAGAAGAGGAAGAGGAGGAGGAAGAGGAGGAGGAGGAGGAAGAAGAAGAUGAGCAGGAGGGGGGUGAAAAUUACGAGGAACAGAUGGAGGAUGACGAGGGGCUCUCUCUAUCGCAAGUGAGGGAGACCUUGCCUGCUGAACUGGCCCUCGAAUCCCUCCCUCCGGGACCGGAAGAUGAGGACGAAAAAGAGACCGUCUUGGAACUCUUUCCGGUGGAGGAGGACUACAUCCCCCUGGCCCUGGCAGACCCUUCAGCUCCAGAAGGAGGAGAGAUGAAAGAAGACACCAGGCCAGCAGAAGAGCAGAACCAGGAGAUUCCCGAGGAGUCCUCGGCUGCCGAAGUGCUGGUGGUGAUGGAGAGAUGUCAGGAGGAGACGCUCCGGCUGUCUCCAAUGUGUAGGACAGCGGAGGAGUCUGAAGCAGACGUCGAUCUGGAGCCUGAGAUGCUGGAUGGUCCUAAACCGGUCGCCCAGGACAGUGAAGGCCUCCGUCCUCCAACCCCGGUGGAACUCUUUGGAGAAGUCUUGUCCAACAGGACCUCCUUUACUAAGCCCAAUGACAGCACUUUAGAAAUCCAAGCAAAAGGCAGAUCGCCCUGCGCAGCUGAGGCCGAGGAGGACCAGCUUCCUCGGACUCCCGGGAGGGAAGUGGUGACUCACUUGGAGUCCACCGGGCUUCCUUUCUCCACCAUGCCGCCCUGCUCCCUUCCCCUGUCCUCCGUUGCACCUCAUAAAGAGGAAUACUUGCUCCUUCCGGACAAGUUCCACGAUCACUUAGGCCCAAGCAAGACAGCACUAGAAGAGGAGCUGCCCCGGACGCCGGGGCGGGACAUUUUAGCCAAGUGUUCCCACAGUCUCUCCAAGUCCCACAGCACAGACACGAUCCCCGCCACGCCAGGGAGCGACGCGCCUCUCACCGGAAGCAGUCUGACUCUGAGUUCUCCUCCGGUGCCAGGCAGCCCUUUCUCGUACCCGUCCCAAUCCCCUGGCAUCAACAGCGGGGGCAUUCCACGGACACCUGGGCGGGAUUUCACGUUCACGCCUACGUUCCCCGAGCCUGGUGCUACUGCCCUCCCUUGCCUUCUCUCGAGCAAGAAGCCGUCGGAGGAGGACCCCGACGAGAAAGUCUUCAAAGAACCUCUCGGUGCUUCCCUGUUGGCUGGCGUGAACAGCGUGCCCUCCCCUAUCCCCUUUGCCAGCCCCCCUGUGCCAGCUUUCCACACCCACUUGGACUUGGCCCCUGGUCAGCCUCUCACAGUUCAGCCUUGCUUGUUCAUGGACUCCAAGAUGGCACUAGAGGAGUGCGGUCAGGAUCCAAGGUCCAUCUUGCCCUUCCCGGACAUCCCCAUGGCUUCGCCCCCUCUCCCUCCGGCCACCCCCUCUUCCAUCCUCCCCAUCAAAAGGAAACCGGGCCGGCCGAAACGAGCUUCUCCUUUAGGACCCCUGUUGGAGGCCUAUUCGGACAAGCCCGUAGAGCCUCCCCUGCUUCCCAUCCCGGUGGCCUUGGCGGAAAGUCCUGUGAACAAAGAGCUGUUUGGUAGCCACCCAGAGGGCUUCUACGCUCUGAAAGACCCGGAAGCGGUCACCUUGGACUUCCGGAACGAUGGUUUCCACGAGAAACUCCCUCCCGACGUCUUGGUGGAGAAGCUGCCCUUCAAGGAGUUGGAGAACCAGUGGAACGAGGACUUCAAAGAAGAAGAGGGCUACCUGAAGGCCAAAAGGCAGCAGUGGAGGCGGCAGAAGAAGAGGCCCGAUGACGUCCCGCAGAUCCCUUCUCCCGAGUACUCUCCCCCUCGGUUCCAAUUCCGGCCCCGCUCCGAGUUCGAGGAGAUGACCAUUUUGUACGACAUCUGGAAUGGAGGGAUCGACGAAGAGGACAUCCAGUUCCUCUGCGUCACCUACGACCAUUUGUUGCAGCAAGACAACGGCAUGGAUUGGCUCAACGACACUCUGUGGGUGUACCAUCCUCCAACCAGCUUUUUCACCCCAAAGAAGAAGAAACGGGACGAUGGGAUGCGGGAACAUGUCACCGGCUGUGCCCGAAGUGAAGGCUAUUACAAGAUCGACAAGAAGGACAAGCUGAAAUACCUCAAUAAUAGCCGGGCGUUUGCAGAAGACCCUCCCACCGAUACGCAGGGAAUGAGCAUCCCUGCUCAGCUGCAUGUUUCCACCCGGGCCGGCUCCGAGCGGCGGUCAGAGCAGCGCAGGCUCCUGUCAUCCUUUACUGGAAGUUGCGACAGCGACUUGCUCAAGUUCAACCAGCUCAAGUUCCGGAAGAAAAAGCUAAAGUUCUGCAAGAGUCACAUUCACGACUGGGGGCUCUUUGCCAUGGAGCCCAUUGCUGCCGACGAGAUGGUGAUCGAGUACGUGGGCCAAAACAUCCGACAGGUAAUCGCGGACAUGCGGGAGAAGCGCUAUGAAGACGAAGGCAUCGGGAGCAGCUACAUGUUCCGAGUGGACCACGACACCAUCAUCGACGCAACCAAGUGUGGGAACUUUGCCCGGUUCAUCAACCACAGCUGCAACCCCAACUGCUACGCGAAGGUCGUCACGGUGGAGUCGCAGAAGAAGAUCGUCAUCUACUCCAAGCAGCACAUCGGCGUCAACGAGGAAAUCACCUACGACUACAAGUUCCCCAUCGAGGACGUCAAGAUCCCCUGCCUGUGCGGCUCCGAGAACUGCCGAGGGACCCUCAACUAGAAGCCCCCGUGGCGGG